UAUGUGAGCUCCUUCAUCGAGCACAAGGGGGAAGACUUGUAUGCGAAGCGUUUUAUCGAAAAAAAUCUUUGGAAAUGAGUCGCGAUAGUGAUGCUAGAGUUUUUCUUGGCCGUUUGCCGUAUCGCAUUCGAGAGAAUGACAUUGAGCGAUUUUUUAAAGGCUACGGGAGGAUUAAAGAUAUCAAUAUAAAAACUGGCUUCGCUUUCAUUGCAUUUGAAGAUUAUCGCGAUGCUGAUGAUGCUGUACAUGACUUGAACAAUAAAGAUCUUUUGGGAGAAAGGGUUACAGUUGAACAUGCCAAGCCUGAUAGGUCUCGAUACAGAGGCGGUGGUGGUGGCAGCUAUGAAAGACGAGACUAUGACCGUCGUGGUGGUGGUAGCAGUUACAGAGACAGGUACGGUGCCCCUUAUAACACCGAAUGGCGUGUAGUUGUAGACAAUCUCUCAACUCGAGCUGGAUGGCAGGAUUUGAAGGACUACAUGCCGGGUGAGGUGACCUUCACACAAUGUCACAAAGAUCGUGCUGGCCAAGGUGUUGUUGAUUUUGCCUGCGAAGAAGAUAUGAAGAAAGCUAUAAAGAAACUUGAUGGAACUGAACUUAUGGGAAGGAAGAUUCGCCUAUCUGAGGGUCACAGUGUCAGCGGUGGUGGCCGUAGGCGCUCAAGAUCUCGAUCUCCUCGAAGGGCAUCUCGCUCCCCUCGUCGCAGCGCUUCGCGUUCUCCUCGACGUUCUCGUUCUCAGUCUCCACGCCGUCAAUCUAGAUCUCCUUCACCCAAUAAUCGUGCAUCGCCUCGUCGCUCUGCAUCCCCCGUGGAACGUGACGAGGCUUGAAUUGUUUCUACUACUUAUUGUGUAUAAAAACUGCCCAUCCCUGUUUCAUUUCUGGGAACUUUCAUCAAGUGAAACUACAAAUGUCUAAAACUUUAACACUUCUUUGAGAAUAAUUUUAGUAACUUGAAACUUUUGAUUUUGUUUGUCAAAUGAAUAACGUGUUUAGAUAUUGUAUUGUUUUAUCAUCCUGCCGAUAUUAAAGAUUUGAUGAGUA